AUGCAAAGCCUUAGCAGCACAAGGCCGAAGCAGGGAACUGAAACUCCUUCCAGCAGGUCAACUUCUUCUGAUCCUCUCUUUUGUUCAGGAGCAUUCUUCUUGGGAGGAGCACUGGCACCAAUGCGAAACGUGACACAAGAAUUCGACACCAGGGCCAUUUGCAUGUCCACAAGUGCAAUGCGCGACAUUCCAGCGCUAACAUGGUGCCCAGAAGAAACAAGCGACAACAGCGACGACGACGAAGAAGAAAUGAUUCCCACAUUUUCUCUCGUCAGGAGGAAAGAAGAACGUGGUCAACAAUGCAAUGAAACAGAACAAGAUGCUAGUAAUAUCACCAGGAGCACACCAUCAAGGUCAUUCAAGAAGCUGUCGCUACUCUCUCGGCCCACAGUGUCACCAAUCGGCGAGAUACUUUUCAAAUCAGAAUGA